AUGACGUUGAACACGGGCGCAUUACCGGUUGCCGAGGCCCGACAAGCCAUCUUGAAGCUGAUCAAGAAAAAUCAGGCAGUAGUCCUUGUAGGAGAAACUGGAUCCGGCAAGACCACGCAAAUCCCGCAGUACGUCUGGGAUGACAUUGUCUCAAAGUAUCCCCCAGAGAAGCGGGGCAUUGUGGGUUGCACGCAACCUAGACGCGUUGCUGCGGUGAGUAUCGCACGACAUGUUGCGAAGCAGCGCAAUGCGAAGCUGGGUGGCGAGGUUGGGUACGCCGUGCGUUUCGAUGACGUUUGUACUGACGCCACAAAGAUCAAAUACCUAACGGACGGUAUUCUUCUUCGCGAAAUUCAAACCGACCCGGACCUUGGCAAGUACAGCUGCAUCAUCCUAGACGAGGCCCACGAGCGCACCCUGCAUGGUGAUAUUCUCUUUGGGUUGCUUAAGGCCAUCGUGCGGCGCCGUAGACAGGCCCUCAAGAUCGUGGUAAUGUCUGCCACCCUCAACGCAGAGCAGUUCCGCGCGUUCUGGUGGAAUGCCCCCAUCGGUGUCGUCCACGGCAGGACGUUCCCGGUCACCAUCAUGCACACCUUGGAGCCACAGGCCGACUACGUCGAGGCGAGCGUCAGCACCAUCAUGCAAAUCCACUUGAACGAGGAGCCCGGCGAUGUCCUCUGCUUUCUCACAGGGCAGGAGGAGAUCGAGGACGCGAAGCGCAUCUUAGAGAGCCGGGUGAAGAUGCUCCAGAGUGAUGUCCCUGGGUUCGUCGUCCUGACUUUGUACUCAGCGAUGCCGUAUGAACAACAGUUGCGUGUCUUUGAUACGGCGCCAAGUGGCUGCCGCAGGGUCAUCCUCGCAACCAACAUCGCGGAAACCUCCAUCACCGUCGAGGGGAUCAAGUACAUUGUGGACUCUGGUGUAGUCAAGGCUAAGUACUAUAGCAGCAAGACAGGAAUGGAAGCUCUUGUCGAGGUGGAUAUUAGCCGUGCGCAGGCUCUCCAGCGAAGCGGGCGGGCCGGUCGUAUGUCAGCGGGAAAGUGCUUUCGUCUAUACACUGCCGAAGCCUUUGAAACGCUGCAGGAGAAUACGACCCCCGAGAUUCGUCGGAGCAGUCUAGUCAGUGUUGUACUCCAGAUGAAAAGCCUCGGGAUCGAAGACAUUCUAAAUUUUGAGUUUAUGGACCCGCCACGGGCGUCCUCUGUGGUAAAGGCCGAAGAAAUGUUGCUCCUUCUGAGAGCCUUAGAUAGCCACGGCAAAAUCACGCCUUUGGGAAAAAGGCUAACCGAUUUCCCAAUUGAGCCGACUUCAGCCAUGACGUUGCUGGCGGCAAAGCGCAUUGGCGUCGAGCGAGAUGCUAUUGCUGUGGUGGCGCUGACAAAUACUGAAAACCUGUUUUUGACUUCACAGGAAUACAGAGAGCGAUCGGACAGGUGUAGGGCAUCUUUCGCGAAGUCAGCAGGAGACCACGCGACGCUUUUGAGCAUCUACCAGGCUUUUUGUCGGACCCCAGAGAAGAAUCGUAAGGUUUGGUGUGAGAUGAACGGCAUAAGCUACAAACAGAUGCUAAAGGCUGAGGAUAUCAAAACGCAACUGACGGCUAUUCUCCUGGCGCAACCGGAGGGUGAUGACGAGAUCCACCAAAAACGUAACCUCAUUACCUCUAAUGGCAUGGAAAAUUCUAGGAAACGAGUCCUGUCUGGAUCUUCCAAGUCACUCUUCCAUGCAAAGCGUCUGCGUGAGGAGGACAAGGAGUAUGACGGUGCUGUCGAAUCGAAUCUUUGCGAUCCUCAUGAGAUGGGCGAAAUUGACGACUGGCCGCUGUCUGGUACGGCGAUGUCAAACGGCGAUGCGUUUCCGGGAAAACCCAAAUGGCGGGAUUACGAGCUACUGCGGCGCGCCCUGUGUGCUGGUCUUUUCUUAAAUACAGCCUACUUUGAUGCAAAAAUUGGUAUGUACAAGACCGUUGUGGGACAGCAAGUGGUACAUUUGCACCCCUCUAGUGUACUCUUUUCGCAUAGGAAGAAGCCGGCACUGGUUAUUUUCCACAGUGUUGUGUGGACCAACAAGCGUUACAUGAAGGAUGUGUCCGUGGUUUAUGAAGAGUGGUUAAGUGAGGCGGCUUCCAACUUUUUCAUACCUGCCAACUAG